GUUACUUAUUUAAGGGUCAUUUGUGUAUUGAAACUGAAUGUGUAGUACUGUAGUAAGUGUAGCAAUGCCAAAAGUUUGACAUUUUUAUGAGGGACUGUACAGUUUAAUUCUAUCACUCAGAAUAUGCCAGCUUGUUGAAUAAAAGGAUCCAAAUACAUGUAACAAAUUGGCCAGUUUCCAUGUAAUCUUGAAGACUGAAAGGUCUGCUGAAGGGUGUGAACGACCAGUCUCAUCAAUCCAGCACAGUCAGUCAACUUGAUGUAAUAACCCAAGAUGGAGGCACUGAAUCUGGGUGAGCCAAACAUUCAGAAUCUGAGCGGCGGCGGUGGGGAAAAUCUUGAAGUGGACAACCGCCCUCCGAACAGCAUGCCGAAGCAACAUUCAGCCUCCAAGAGUCCCAACAAUGCCCAGGGCAUUUCACAGACCACUCUGCCGAUCGAGAUCCCCUCCUCUGACGCCCGAAUGCCCAUCCAGGAUAUAGUGCAGCCAGAGAGUCCCAUGCUGAUCACGCCGCGACGCCCGCUUGGGCAGAACUGGCAGACCAAAGGGGCGACGGUACGGGAACGCAACGCCUACAUGUUCAACAACGAUCUCAUGAGUGACAUUAAGUUUCUGGUCGGACCCAAGAACACUGCCCAGCGAGUGCCGGCACACAAGUACAUCCUUGCCUCGGGGAGUUCGGUGUUCUUUGCCAUGUUCUAUAGCGAUCUUGCUGAGAACCAAUCGGAAAUUAACAUCCCUGAUGUGGAACCACAGGCCUUCCUCACAUUGCUCAAAUACUUGUACUGCGACGAAGUUGACCUCACACCUGACAAUGUGCUAACCACACUCUACGCAGCCAAGAAGUACAUCGUGCCUCACCUGGCCCAGGCCUGUGUCAGCUUCCUGGAACGAAGCCUGAGUGCAAGGAACGCUUGCGUACUCCUGAGCCAGAGCCAUCUAUUUGAGGAGCCUGACCUGAUGCAGCGAUGCUGGGAAGUCAUCGAUGCUCAGGCUGAGGUGGCCCUCUCGUCGGACAGCUUCUUGGACGUUGACUUCAAGACGUUGGAGAGCAUCUUGAUGCGAGAGACACUCAACGUCAAGGAGAUUGUGCUCUUCCAGGCGGUCUUGCGCUGGGCAGAUGCUGAGUGUAACCGUAAGGGGAUGCACCCCAACCCGGAGAACAAGCGUAAAGUACUUGGCAAGGCGCUGUACCUGGUGCGCAUCCCCACUGUGCCGGUGACUGAGUUCGCUAAUGACGCUGCACAGUCGGGUCUUCUUACUCUCAUGGAAACCACCAAUGUGUUCCUCUACUACAUGGCCAAGAAUAAACCCAAACUGCAAUUCGUCUGCCUGCCGAGAAAAGGCCUGCAAACCUGCAAGGUCCAUCGGUUCCAGUCCUCUGCCUACCGCAGUAAUCAAUGGCGCUACAGAGGCAGAUGCGACAGCAUACAAUUUUCCGUGGACAAGCGCAUCUUCAUCGCCGGUUUUGGACUUUACGGCUCCAGCUCUGGAGCGGCAGACUACGGCGUCAAAAUCGAGCUGAAGCGAAGCGGCAAGGUUCUCGGAGAGGCACAGACGAAGUUCUUUUCUGACGGCUCAAGCUGUACCUUCCCGGUGAUGUUCCCCAACCCGGUGCAAGUGGAGCCCCAUGCAUACUACACGGCCAGUGUUAUACUCUGUGGUUCGGAGCUGAGCUACUUUGGUCAGGAAGGACUGACUGAAGUCACUGACCACAACGUGACAUUCCAGUUCCAGUGCUCACCGGAGAGCACCAAUGGAACUGGCGUUCAGGGAGGUCAAAUCCCAGAGCUUAUCUUCUAUGCAUAAUUAAUGAGGACUGACCUAUGAAUAAUGAAUAUUAAUAACCUGAAGAACCUGAGUCUCAGUGUCUUACAGUAGUGGCUCGCUAAGUACUGUAUAUUGUAGGAUCAUCGUACAUUGUGGUUAUAUACAGUGUACUGAGCACUGAACAGUACAUAGAAUAGACUAAAUUAUUGUGUAUCUUAGUAACUGCAUACUACUCGCACACUGUUAACAAGCUGUCUCAAUAGAUGUAUUUUUGUGAUAAACAGUCAAUGCACUUCACUACGCGGAUUCAAAUCUCAGUUAUGUUUACUAUUUUAUAGUACCCUGCUGCUGGGUUUGUAUUGACUUAGCGCACAGGAAAAUCUCAAAUUUGAUCUGUUUUGGUCUGAGAUGAUGGGAUAACAGCCGUCUCAUAAACGUCACUCGGUGAACUACAAUGAGAAAAUUAGAGGUUUGCAAGAGAACAGUGAAAUCAAAGAGAUAUUUUAUCAUAGAAUGUGUUGAAAGUUUUACAGUUCCAAACACACUGAUUAUUUUGUAGAGGUUCAACAUGUAGUUUCUCUUCUCUUAAAGGACAGGGUAGUUUUUUACACUGCACUAUGUACGCGGCGUAAUACACGUGGACCUACACUGUACAUUAUUUAUGCUGCUUAGACAGCCACAAUUGUAUUUUGUUCACAAGAUGUAGAGAAGCAAGUAUCCGCUGGUGUAAAUGAACCAAUUCUACCAAAAGCCCAGCCAGUACAUUGUACAUGUACAUGUACAAAAUGUAUGCAUAUUACAUGUAAAUGCACAGUAUUUAAGAGAAGUCUUGAAUGCAGGCACACACUGUACAUUUUAUGUUGAGAUCUACUUUACAUUUUGUGCAUACUACAGUACAUGUAAAACUCUAGAACUACUUCUUAAUCCAUGAAGAACACUGCUCAUUAAAAAAAAAACAUUUGCUUAUUUGUAGAGAGCAAAAGAAAUGUGAAUGUUGUUUUAAACAGUUGCAUGCAUGACGCUUAUUGUUAUGUUCAGUAAGUGACGUAACUAACUUUUGAAAAUGAUUUGAGAUGCCAUAAUAAAUUAUGAUCAAUUUUAAAGACACUGGACACUAUUGGUAAUUGUCAAAGACCAAUUUUCUCACUUGGAAACCUGUGAAAAUUUUG